GUUGCUCAUCCGAAUACCUGCUAUUUCUCAAAACACCCUUCUAUAACAUAACAUCAGCACGACAUAGAUAGCGAAGAGCCCAAAUCUCCUUUUCUUGCAACCUUCCUCCUAUUCAAUCAGCCCAAUGAGCGACGAUAUACUUCGCAACUGUGCUGCUCUUACAGCUCUCAAGAGACAUCAGCUUGUCUCUCUUUCCAAGAAAUAUGGCUUAAAAGCUAGUGGAAAGAAUGUAGACAUGAUUGAUCGCCUUCAAAAGUAUGGCCAAAAACACGCAGGAAACCUCGAUUUCUACAUCCCAGACCCUGUUCCAACUCCUGUUCAAGACUUGACUAUUUUCUCCUCUGUUCCAGCAACGAACCAGAGGAAGCUUGAGGACGAAAUGCCGGACCUGAGAACCCCUGUCCCUUUGUCCAGUCCUUCCUCCCUUAGCCAUGAACCCUCCGACCGUAGCCUAAUUUCACGGGCGUCCGACAGCUGGGAAGUACUAUCUGAGAGUGCGGCCAGCAUUGUAUCCAAAAUGGAGGACACAGAACGGCCGGAAUCCAUCAGUCACUUUCACAAUCUGGGCUCAUGGAAGUCGUCAAAUAAUGGAGAGGUGUUAACAGGAUCUGAAGGUAACGCUGUACAUUGCGAUACCCACAAUUCCAGAUCCAUGAGAGCUCUUACUUCAUCUAUCUCUAAACGUGGCUCUAUCAUUCUAUUCGGACGGGAUCGCUUGACCUCUUCCGCCUUUUCAGAUCAUCAUAAUUGGGAGGCGGUGGCCAAAGCGAUUACCACUGGGCAUCACGAAAAAAGUGAAGAGCAUCAAGAAAUUGUGGCGAAUAUUCCUCCGUCGCCUGCUUCGACGGUGGGUAUCCCCAGACGUCAUUCGAGGCAUACACUUCAAGAAAGGCCUAGUACCAUUCGGCUGUGCUCAUCUACACCUUCCAGCUUUGAUCAGCAUGUGAAGUCAUUGAGUGACGAGGAGAACGAGCUUCCAUGUGUGGGUAGAAUUAAAAACGCCAGCCUCCUAAAAGAGAGAAGAUCAAUGGCUCCCGUAGGAAGCCGAGACCAUUCAGGUGAUGCUGGAUCCCUUAUUCGCAAGUCUAUGCCCGCAUUGUCAAUAUCUAGUGCCGCCAGUAUUUCCAGUGUCUACCCGCCAUUACCCACCAUUUCUCUGCAUUAUAUGGACAUCGACCAAACUUGCAAAAAGCAAGAGGAAUGUCCUAAAGUUCCUGGAGGGUUUCCACCCCUUCCCUCUCCCCCAAGUAAAACCCAAAUUCUUUUCGGCAACUCCGCCCCUCCUGCACUAUCCAACACUCAAUUUUCGGAAACCGCACAGAACAUUCUGGAAGAGAUGAACGCGCGUUUACCCGAAGGCAGUGCCAGAUUCGGAGCGGAAUUGCUUAAAGGCAAACAUGCCGAGGUGGAAAAAUUGGUCCAUACCAAUCAACAGCUUGGGGUGGGAGGUUGGGGUUUGAUUGAGGGCACGACUCGUGUGAAUGAUCGAUACGCUGAAUCUCAUCGAAAGGAGUUUGCAAAGAUGAAGUCCAUCUCAAAAACAUCUCUAGCUUCUUUACAAAAUACAUCCAAAUCUGCUUCCAUUGCCUGCGCUCAUCAACAAGUUUCGGCCCCGUUCUCCGAAAGGAGUAACGCGGCUAAAAGGAAGCUUGGACAGUCUAGUUCUGCUGCGAAUGACAUCCCCUCCGACCUGGACAGUAUGUCUCUUGAUGUCCUUGAAAGCAAUGAUGGGAGACUGGCAAAAAGGUCUCGCUUGUCCACUCACCCUUUUGGGACCCUGCGGGAAGCUAAAAAGAAUAUAGGGAUUAUGUUGAGCGAGGAAAAGAGCAUUCCCCAGACCAGUAUGUUGAGGAAGCUAAAAGACCGAAGAGAACAGCGAAGGUCCGGUUUAUAUGCAAAGCACAGCCCCAAGAGAUUCGGGUUUCUGAAGAAGAAGAAAAGUACUGAGCCGGCUGUUACUUUAGCUAGUUCCUCUUCGGCAAGCAAGCCCAUUAUUUCUAACCCACGCCCCUUGUCCAGCAAGGUUUCGACUGAAGUUUCCCAUGCCAGUCGCUCCAGCGUACAGCUGUCACAAUCGGAAAGCCAUCGAGUUCGUAACCUCAAGAGCGGAGGCAGAUCUACCUCGGCCCAGACUGUGAAAUCUCAAAGCAGCAGCAAGACACCAAGACGAGCUGCAAUCCCUGACUUCGUCCCUCCUAGCACUACAAAGCAGGAAGCAUCGGAUAAAACAACCCUCGCUUCUACAAACAGCCUUAGUCUUCCAAAACCCCCUUCGCCGUUCAGACCUUCCGGCAAUUCUAGUUCCAACAGCGGAUCUUCGACCACGAGAGCUAUGAAGAGCCAAACUCAAGCCGAACUCAUUCGAAAUGCACGCUCAGCACCGCCUCCUCCAAAACACGAGAUGAUAGACAAAGCAGAUUCGGCUCUUGCUGUCACCCAGACGAUGUCAAAAGCCUCGUUGGGAUCUACCACUACACCUCCUACCUCCAUCAUCCAUCGGCACUCAACUCUUUUCCGUCCUACUAUAUCAUCAUUAGCCAGGAUGCAGGCGACAGUUAGACCCAAGGCAGACAUCUCUCUCCCCACGGUCCCUCUUACCCCGUCUGCCCUGGUGACGCCUGCAACGCAACAAAAGCAAGUGAAAUUAGAGAGAGAAGGCGAUCCAGUUGAGAUGGUCGCUUCGUCACUUCCGAUCAAAACCAUUCAGCCGUUUGGCAAUGCAUCUUUGCGCGACAAUGCCUUUGAAACUAAUUUCAUGUCAAAGCCGGCAGCCACACCGUGCAAGGGAGGGGCUAGCCAUGGCAAGGGGAUUAUGAAAAAGCAAUCAUCUGCCGGUCUUGCUGCUGCUGCCAGGGCUAGGGCAAAGGCAAGCGGGCUGAGAGCAGUCAAGAGUCGAGGGGACUUGAGAGAAAAGGAGAAGGAGAUGAAGAGGAAAAAAGAGGAAAUGCGCGUAUUGUCAGGCAGAAGGAAAGAAGAGAGAGAGCUAAGGGAAAUGCUGGGCAUGUGAAGGCCAUAUUUAAUAUUGCUAUAGGUGACCUUCUUUUGACUUUUUGAUGUUUUGUGAAUAGCAAGUAUCCGACUUGGGGGGGCAAUUGCUUUACACACUGUACAGAUGUAAUUAGCCUGAGAAAGAUCGCAGAAUUGAUGUAAAUGCAUAUAAGUGGACCGCA